CUAAUAAUCGAUCUCCAUCUCAGAAACCAAAACAGAAAAUUGGGCGCCGCUCAAUUGGAAUCAGCUUUCUCCUCCAUUAAUUCCCCCACCAACUAUCUGCCUGCGGCCCUCUUUCUCUUAGGGCUACCCGUUCGAAAACGCCAAAACAGAACCGAUUCUCAUAAUUUUCCGCUUUCACGCAAGCUUGCUCGAUCGAGGAUUAGAAGCGAACGUAAAUCUGGCUGCGAAGAGGUGUGAGUUUUUAAUGCUUAGUAAGGGUUGUACCAUCAGAGCUAACAAAGAUCUUCGUCCAGUCUGGCCACUAUAACAACUUCCGAAUUUUCUCACACCUCGAGGCAGGUGUGGGGUGAGAACGAAGGGGUGAUACUGUUAUGUGUUCUGAGGAGAUCAAAAUCAUCACACGUUUGGAGAUUGCGCCGUGUGCCUGAAGGAUUGUCACACGAUUACGGCUAAGAUCAACCGGAACUGAGUUUAUAGAAAGAUCCUCCUAGUGUGCUCCUUAGCUUUGAAUAUAAUAUAGCUGUUGGUUAGUGGUUUAGCUGUAUGUUAGAUGAUAAGCAACCUUAAUACUACUCCGUAAAAAGAAAGAAGAUCUGAUGUGAUUUUGGGGGUUUUCCCCUGACAGAAUGGUUAGAUUUUCCUGCUUCCAUGCCCACAUCCAUUCCCAUAAACAAAAGAAAACAGUCCAUAUACCCGCUGUAGUUAUGAAUAAGAGCAUGGAAGAUCAUUCUCAGAAUCAUUCCCUGAAAGAUUUUAGUUAUUGUGAAGCAACCAGUCCACCACACUCAAUAAGCGUGAGCAAUGCCAUGGAUAUUUAUGCAGGCCAUGAUAUAGAUUCUCCAUCUAAGGAGCAAGGAUGUAAAUCAGAAGAAAUUGAGGAUGACUACAAAAGUGAACACAUUGCGGGUGUUGAUCAUAAUAAGAAUGCUGAUAUGAAAAAGUGCAGGUCUUUAAACAGUGGAUUGGCCUGGGAAGGGAGGGUGUAUGAUGACCAUGACUCAGAGGAAUAUAGUCACCAAACAUUCUCAUUUGAAAACUUUCAAGAGGUUCUUCAGCCCUCAUCUGUUCAAGUGAGUACUGAUUCGGAAAACACUGAAUCUUUAUCUGUGAUCAAAGACCGGAAACAGCCAGUGAGAGAAGAAGAAGAAUGUGAGAACAUUGGUUUUCACCAAUCUGGAGCUGAGGAGCAUAUUGGAAACACACCUGGCACUUCAUUUACUGUUGUGAAGUCAAUUUCUUUGCCUAACAUGCAUUCCAAUGACGAGAAGUUUACACCUAUUGUUCCUUCUCCCAGAUCUGCAGAUGAUUUGAUUGUUCUAGAGACAAGAAAAGAGGUUAUGGUGGAUGGAAAGGCUGAACAUGUCACGCACAAUGAAGAAAGAGAGAUCUCUAGUAAAAACAGCAUAGAAGUAAUGGGGGGAGACCCCAAUGGUGAAAUUUAUGACACUUAUAACUAUGUGGGGUCUGCAAAAGAUUGGGUUGUGCCUGCUUCAGAGAAUUGUAAUCGAGAAUCCUUGUUUUUCCAGUUAAAUGAGUUACCAAGCAAGGAUUUUAGGCUAAAACGAAUCGAGGACUGGGUUACAAAUAUCCAGAAGUAUGACCCUCCCGAAGAAGAAACAAAUGAUUCAACUCUUGAUAAUGAUCAUGAGAAUAUACGUAAGGAUAAGAUCUUCACUGGCUCCCUCUUGGGGAAGCUGGAUUGUAAAGUCAAUCCUGGUAUGGAAACAGUUCAGAAAUAUAUCUCUUCUCUGAGUGCUACGGCCACAUCUUUGCAGCUUGUGAACCAUGGAUUGGUUGUUAUCCCAUUUCUAGGCACCUUUAUGAGCCUCAAAUCACUUAAUUUAUCCGGGAAUGCCAUAGUAAGGAUAACAUCUGGUUCCGUCCCUCGGGGGCUUCAUGUUUUGAAUCUUUCAAGAAAUAAUAUUUCCACUGUUGAAGGAUUACGAGAGCUCACUCGUCUUCGUGUACUUGACCUGAGCUACAACCGAAUACUGAGAAUUGGACAUGGCCUUGCUUACUGUUCCUCCCUAAAAGAGUUGUACCUGGCGGGGAACAAAAUUAGUGAGGUUGAGGGUCUCCACCGCCUGCUAAAACUGAACGUUUUGGAUUUGAGGUUUAACAAAAUAUCGACAGCCAAAUCACUGGGCCAACUUGCAGCUAAUUACAACUCUCUUCAAUCCAUCUACCUGGAAGGCAACCCUGGCCAGAAGAACGUUGGUCACGAACAACUGAAGAAACACCUGCUGAGUCUUGUCCCACACCUCACAUACUAUAACGGACAAUCCAUCAAAAUUGGGACAUCUAAGGACGCUUCGGACCGGUCUUGUCGGUUAGGGAUCGGAUCCCACGUGCCCGACCGUGGUGUUAAAGCAGACCUCAAGGUUGUGCGGAAGGGAACUGCGGGUGCCUCUUCUUCUUCUUCACAUAAUAAAGUGUCGUCCUCGGCAAUCCAUGGUCGUAAGGCAUCAAAAGGAAGACACGGGCACUUGGUGGGCCCAAGCGUGUCCCGAAGAAGUACACGUCAGCCUCACGUCACUGACCCCAAGAACAACAAGCUUUAUGGAGAGGAACCUUCUAUUCGCAGGAGCCGAAGUGAGGGAACCCUUGGCCCUUUCUGAGACAUGAUUACACACUAUGAGAUGAAUAUAAUGUGUGAUUCAAUGUUGUGAUGCNUGGUUUCCUUCCUUGCCUGGUAAAAAACUUUUGGAGGCUCUGUCCCCUCCAACCAACCAGACAUACCCUUCAUGUUUCUGGUUGGAAUUCAUCAAUCCAAACGUUAAUAAAGGGGCAAUUCACAAUAUGCACUCCCUUUUACCGAGUUCACAUGUCCUUUAUGUCAUUUUUAAUGAGGAUAAGUGUGAGGAAAAGUACCACUUAUUCCCCUUUACAUCUCAUUUUAAAUUAGUGCAAAAGAAAUUAAGAUUGGAAUAAGAAUUAUUCUCUUUAUUCUUAAUUUUGAAAUUGACUCCUUCAUCCAAACAAAAGCUCGUAGUGGCUGUGGAGGAAUCUAUCAAUCAUAUGUGCUGUAAUUCUUGCUGGUU